AUGACUAUGAUAAUACCAGUCGACAACGACACCAAGACUAUGAUAAUACCAGUCGACAAUGACACCAUGACUAUGAUAAUGCCAGACGACAAUGACACCAUGGCUAUGAUAAUACCAGUCGACAACGACACCAUGACUAUGAUAAUACCAGUCGACAACGACACCAUGACUAUGAUAAUACCAGUCGACAACGACACCAAGACUAUGAUAAUACCCGUCUACAACGACACCAUGAUUAUGAUAUUACCCGUCGACAACGACGCCAUGGCUAUGAUACUACCAGUCGACAACGACACAAUGGCUAUGAUACUACCCGUCGACAACGACACCAUGACUAUGAUACUACCCGUCGACAACGACACCAUGACUAUGAUAAUACCCGUCGACAACGACACCGUGGCUAAUAUGAUACUACCCGUCGACAACGACACCGUGGCUAUGAUACUACACGUCGACAACGACACCAUGGCUAUGAUACUACCCGUCGACAACGACACCAUGACUAUGAUACUACCCGUCGACAACGACACCAUGACUAUGAUAAUACCAAUCGACAACGACACCGUGGCUAAUAUGAUACUACCCGUCGACAACGACACCGUGGCUAUGAUAAUACCCGUCGACAACGACACCGUGGCUAUGAUACUACCCGUCGACAACGACACCGUGGCUAUGAUACUACCCGUCGACAACGACAUCAUGUUCCAACAACCGGGCCACUAUUAA